AUGCCUGUUGCCUUGCGCCGAUUAUUUGCAACAGUCCUUAUAUUUUGUCAACCGAGCGAUCCUGCUGCUUUAUGGGAAAAGAAUAAUCCUUUUCUUGGUGAAGACUUCUCUCAUAAAUUUCCACAACAGCUUCAAAAAGUGCAGCAGCUUAUUGUAAGGGCUAUAGAACAGCACCUUGAAGCCAUGGAAAAAUCACUUGCUUUUUUUGGUCUAGAUUAUCUAAACUCCCAAGUUAACGAUGAGUUCAGACGGACAAAGGACAUUCUAGAUGCCCUUGAUGCUCCUAUCCCAGAAGAAUGCUUAAGUUGCCGCUCUAGGUUGAACUCUGCACAGAAUGCUGCUUUUCUAUGUAUUAUGGAUCAUGUUAUAAAACAGAAGGGUGGAACCUUUUUUAUUGAUGGUCCAGGAGGCACAAGAAAGACCUUUCUGUACAAUGCUUUGUAUGCAGAAAUACGAUUAAUGAACAAGAUUGUUUUACCUACAGCAACAUUAGGAAUUGCUGCAGCAAACAUUCCUUCAGGUAGACCUGCUCAUUCAAGAUUUAAAAUACCGAUUGAUAGUGAAGCUUCUUUAGCAUGCGAUGUUCCAAAACAAGGCAGUUUAGCAGCACUACUAAAAGAAACUGCGCUUAUUAUAUGGGAUGAAGCUUCAAUGGCUAAGAAACAAAAUCUUGAGUCUUUGGAUCUGCUGUUACAGGAUAUAUGUGGGAAUAAGCUUACAUUUGGAGGCAAGGUUGUUGUCUUCGGAGGUGAUUUUAGGCAGGUUUUACCAGUGGUCCCUCAGAAAACUAUGAAGGAAGCAGUUGAGGCAAGUAUUGUUACUUCUUAUUUGUGGCCUAAAUUUAUCAAAUUUAGACUGACCGAAAAUAUAAGAGCAAGAGAAGAUCCUGUCUAUUCUGCUUUUUUGCUAGAGUUGGGAAAUGGGAAAUUACAACAGACAGAAAAUGCAAUCGUUGAAUUACCACAAGAAAUUGUCCAUUCCGCCAGCAAUCUAUCAGAAUUAGUCUCUACUGUUAUAGGCCAAACAUUCCCAGAAGUUGCUCAGGGACAGAUCGAUAGUCGAGUGUUUACUGAAAAAGCAAUUUUAACACCUAUGAAUGAUGAUGUGGAUUCUAUUAAUACAUCUAUGAUUGAACAAUUCCCAGGUCAAGCUGUUAGAUACAAAAGCUUUGAUGCCAUUUUAAAUGAUACAUGUAAUAUCUAUCCAACGGAAUUCAUUAACAAACUAUGCCCAGGUGGAAUGAGUCCUCAUGAGCUGAUAUUAAAGGAAAAUUGCCCUGUUAUACUGCUGAGAAAUUUGCUUCCUUCUGAGGGUUUAUGCAAUGGCACGAGACUAAUCUGCAAAAAAUUCUACCCAAAUGUGAUUCAGUGUGUUAUAGCAGUUGGCCACUACAAAGGAGAAGAUGUAUUCAUACACAGAGUCAAUUUAAGACCUUCUACUGGUGCCAGCUAUCCAUUUCAGUUUGAAAGAAAACAAUUUCCUAUCAAGUUAAGCUUUGCAAUGACAAUUAAUAAGUCCCAAGGACAGACUCUAAGUCAAGUAUCAAUUUAUCUUCCGCGUCCAUGCUUUUCACAUGGACAGCUUUAUGUAGCACUAUCCCGAGCUAAGAAAGCAAAAGAUGUCUGCGUUUUUACGAAAAGACCUACAGAGAAGAGUUCUUCAUCUGCUGUUAACAAUGUUGUGUCUUUUGAACUCUUACACUUAGCAGGACAGAAAGCAAAGGAAGCCAAUCUUUCAAGUGCAGAACCUGCUUCAACAAAGGAAGAUUCUGUAAGAGAAGAACCUGCUAAAACGGAUUCUAAAUCCAUGAAAACUGAUGAGGCAAAGGUUACAGAUGAAGGAUGCUUGGUUGUUGAUGAGGAUACUGUUAGUAUAGAACCCGUGAAAUCUGGAGUUGCUGUUAGGGAGGACCCUGGAAUAGCCGGAAUAGAGAUGAAAGCGGAAGUUAAGGAAGUAGAAGCACCUGCUGGUGAAAACGCGACAUUGGCCAGUGAUAAUCAUGCAAAUUCUUCUGAGAUUGUUGAUAAUUCUGACAAAAAGGCUCUCGCAAAUGAAGCAGAAACACCUGCAUCAGAAGAGAUUAAUGCUGAAGCUGCUGAAUCCAAGCAGCAUGAGUCUACUGGUGGAAUGCAAUCUGUUUCUGGUGGGGAUUAA